CCUAACCGAGGGAGAGGCAGGAUUAUGCAGGGCCUUGUCUGGCGACUUGUGUAUGGGCCAUGUUACUGUGCCAGGCAUGGAGCCGGGAUCACUCAAACUCUCUCCAUCCCUGCAGGAACGACACCAAGGAGGAUGUUUUUGUGCACCAGACAGCCAUCAAAAGGAACAACCCUCGGAAGUUCCUGCGCAGCGUCGGCGAUGGGGAGACUGUGGAAUUCGAUGUUGUGGAAGGAGAGAAGGGCGCCGAGGCGGCCAACGUCACCGGCCCGGGCGGCGUGCCGGUGAAAGGCAGCCGCUACGCCCCCAACCGCCGGCGUUUCCGCAGAUUCAUCCCCAGGCCCCGGCAGACCCAGCUGCCGCCGCAGGACGCCACCAGGGUGGAAGGGGCCGCCCAGCCGGUCAGCGAGGGGGAGAGAGCCGACGACGCCAUGCAGCAGCCGCCUCGCAGGAGGCGCCCUCUGCCAUUCUUCUUCCGCCGGAGAUUUCUGCGUGGGCCCCGGCCUCCAGUCCAGCAGCAAGCUCAGCCGGUGCAGGGCACGGAAGGCGCAGAACCUAAAGAUGCCACCCAGCCAGAGGGAGACCAGCAACCGCCAGCCCAGGCUGGGGAGAGAGCUCCAGCCCCUCGCUUCCGGCCCAGAUACCGCAGACCCUUCCGCCCCCGCCCACCACAACAACCGACCACUGAAGGAGGCGACGGUGAGACCAAAGUGGUGCAAGGCCCGGCAGAUGGCAUCCGUCCCGAACCCCAGCGCCAGCGUAACCGGCCCUACUUCCAGCGCAGACGGCAGCAAACAGCUGGCACCCGGCCGGCGGCAGCAGAGCCGACCGUUACCGCCUCCAAAGACCAGCCUGCUCUGAGCUCCGCCGCUGGGGGGGACACCCCUGCUGCCAGCACCCCGGCCACCGCUCAGGAACCAGCGGUGGAAGCCAGCAAACCGGCUGCCCCCGCUCCGGAGGGUCCCUCCCAGCCACUACCUGAGAUCCAGCGACAGCUUGUGGAUACUUCAACACCCGAGCCUGGGGGGGACCCUGCUCCAGCCCUGCUGGCGUAAUAGUGAGGGGAUGCAGAGAGC